GCCAAACUAUAACAAAGGACACACCGGUAUGUAAUGUAAAGCACGCGCUUUACACCGUAAAGGAACAUAUAUUUGUCAAUAGUCAGUGAUUCCCAACACAGCUCUUACAUUCAAGUAUUGCAGAAUAAUGGAAUUCGUGAAAGAUGUAAAAGAAUAUUACAAAGGGCUGGAUGCCAUGAGUGAUCCCAGGACAAGAAAAUGGCCGUUUGUGUCGUCAAUUGCGAGCCCAUUGUUUGCCUGUUUGCUUUAUUUGUUUAUUGUAAAUGUUGGUCCACAUUUAAUGGAAAAACGUCAACCAUUCGAAAUUAGAAAGUUAAUGGUCAUUUACAAUUUAGGAGCAACUCUAUUAAACUUAUACUGCACAACUCACCUCUUCGUUGGCUCGUGGAAAGCUGGAUACAAAUAUAUAUGCCAAAGAGUAAUUGUUUCAACCGAACCAACUCAUUUGAUGAUCGCGGAAGUGAUAUGGUGGUUUUAUAUUUCCAAGUAUUUAGAAAUGUUGGAUACGGUAUUCUUCAUAAUGCGAAAAAAAACCAACCAAAUUUCUUUCCUACACGUCUAUCAUCAUACAUCUGUCGUGAUAAUCUGGUGGAUAGGAAUUAAAUGGGUUCCAGGUGGCUCAUCUUUCUACUGUGCAGCAGUGAACUCCUUUGUCCACGUUGUGAUGUACACAUAUUAUGGUUUAAGUAUGUUUCCUUCUCUUCAUCGUUACUUAUGGUGGAAACGAUACCUGACUCAAUUCCAGUUGCUUCAGUUUGGAUCUCUGUUUAUACAAGCAAUAUUAGCACUUCGUCAAGAUUGCGGGUUUCCUCGAUGGAUGUGUUAUGCCCUACUUGGAUACAUGACUUCAAUGAUCUUUUUGUUUGGAAAUUUCUAUUUGCAAACCUACCUUAAAGGCAUGAAGAAACAUGACAAGGACGUUAAUGGAAAUGUUCAUAGUGUAAAUGGAAAACUUGAAGGAAAGCCAAAGAAAGAUCAAUAAUUCUAGCUGACGAAGUUUAAGAGAGAUUGUUGAAUAUUUAAUUUUUCUUUGUCAUUAUUUUUCAACGAAGUAGUUUAGCCAUUCUUUUCUUCAAUUUGCUAUUGUCAAAUGCUUAAAUUUUGCUAUGUCAAUUUAUUGGUAAAAAAUAUUAAAUCCAUACACAACAUGUA